UCAUCCUAUAUAGCCCACACCGUCACCUCUCCACACAUUUUUCAAUCCAACAUUUCUCUCUUCCUAUCUCUUGCUUUUCCCCUCUCUUCUUUCUUCUUUUUCUCUCAAUUCCUGUGAAAGAAAAAAAGGAAACAACUGAAUCGCACUUAGGUAAGAAAGAACCACGAAACUUUCAUGAUUCAGAUCCAAACGAUGCAGCAGCAGAUGGGAGAACCUUCUUCCAAUCACCACCACCAUGAUGAGCUUUCCCCUUCUCCCAGUUUCAGCAGCUACUCCUCCGAAACUCUCGCCGAGAUCGCCGCCAGAGUCAUCGAGGAGCUCCGCCGCGACCCUCAUUCCCCCACCGCCGUCGACCACGACGAUGACGCGUUUUUCCAUCCCUGGCAAAACGACAACGACGAAGACGAAGCGACGACUCAAAACGACAACGACGGCGGCGACGACGGUGACGACUUCGAGUUCGCGUUUGUUACCAACACUUCUCCGGUUUCCGCCGACGACAUUUUCUCCAACGGCCAGAUCAGGCCGAUGUACCCAAUCUUCGGCGCUCCACCGGCCGCCUUAAACGACGUCGUGAAUUGCGACCGUGAGUCGGUGGCUCCGGCGGCGAGACGGCGUCGUCUCCCUCUGAGGAUGCUGAUGUUCGAGGAAGGCGAAACGGCGUCGUGUUCGUCUUCCACCGACGAGAGCAGCGUCGACCUGGAAGGUGCGGCGGAAGGUUCCUACUGCGUUUGGAAUCCGAAUUCGGUGGCGACGGAAGCGAAGAAGAGCAGCUCGGUGGGUUCCUCCGGGUCGAAGCGGUGGAAGCUGAGGAACCUGCUUCUUAGCCGGAGCCACAGUAACGGGAAAGAUGAUAGCAAGCUGCCGGCGGCGAACGGUGGCUCCGGCGAGGAUGACGGCGGCGGGAAGAAGGGUAAGGAUGGAGAGCAGAGUAAGAGGAAGUCGUUCUUGCCUAACCGGCCGGAAUUUGUUGGACUUUUCGCCAAUGUCAAUGGGCUAGGCAGGAAUUUGAACCCAUUUUGAAUUUUCUUAGAAUCUUCAUCAAAACAUUAUUGUUAAUUAUAUAUUUUUUCUUAUUUUUUUAAUCAGAGUAUAUCUCGUGCUAGUUUAAGAAUACUGAAAUCUAGUGAUUUUUUUUCUCGAACUAUUCACAUAGUAGUAGAUAGUAGAUAGUUAUGAGACUAUUCUCCCGAGUAAUCUGUUGCAGUUUUCUUUAUUUUUGGAGUGUGUAUAUUGUUAAGUAUAUAUAUAUUUUAAAUUGUAUGAAA